CCUGCUUUCACCGCGGCUUGCUGUCUGGUUCUUGUAUCUGAUAACAGAGCUUCAAGUUGAGCUGUCCCCCACACGGCGCCACUCUUCUCGCCUUCUGUUACCUUGUGUACUUAAGUGCAGCUGAUCCUUCGGCUGUGAGAGUAGAGUCAAUUAGAUAUCCGUCCUGAAGCAUUGUGUAAGUUGCUCGUCCAUGCACCAUUUUGGUCUUGUAAACUCUAAUACUUGUACUGUUUGCAGGCAAUAAUCCCUCACCUACGGACCUUCUUAGCUUUUGAGCUGAUAUCUUUGUCGAUCCUUGCAGUCAAGAGCAGAUUUCAAGUAGGUGGCCAAACACCGGCAGCAUUCUCAUUUCUUUUAGUGCGGGUCUGGUUCUUGGUCGUAAAUCUCAGGUCAGACAGGUGACAACCAGUUGUAACCCGAAGCCAUGGCACCAUCAGCAAUUCCCGUAGAUGGGGAACACACUACUCUUCCGUCCCCGGGAUCCCAGAGCAAUGGAAAUGGAUCAUCAUCCACAGCCGGCUUUCUGCAAGGCAAUGCAUCAAUCUCUGAGGCGGACUCGAUGCCCAUAGCAAUCGUAGGCAUGGGCUGCCGCCUCCCAGGCGAUGUUUCUACCCCCGAUGAGUUCUGGGAACUCUGUUCCCGCGCUCGCAGUGGCUGGUCACCCAUUCCCAAAGCUCGCUUCAACCAUGAAGCUUUUCACCACCCAAACCCCGAUAAAUUGGGUUGCUACAACCCUGAAGGAGGUCACUUCCUCUCCGAAGAUGUGGGCCUUUUCGACGCUCCUUUCUUCAACAUUACGGAGAAAGAAGCAAUUUCCAUGGAUCCUCAGCAGCGAUUGCUGCUCGAAUGUACAUAUGAAGCGCUAGAGAAUGCCGGCAUACCGAAGCGAGAUCUCGUUAAUGAGAAUGUGGGGGUUUUUGUUGGAGGCUCCUUUGCAGACUACGAGCUCCGCAAUUGCAGGGACUCGGAUACCGCCCCUGUUUUCCAGGCGACCGGUUGUGCGCAGUCACUUUUGUCGAAUAGAAUUUCGUACUAUUUCGAUUUCACAGGACCCAGCUUUACAGUCGACACAGCCUGUUCGUCAAGCUUGGGAGCCAUGCACCUGGCGUGCCAAAGUUUGCGAAAUGGAGAGUCCAGUCAGGCGAUUGUGGCAUCAUGCCAUCUCAAUCUUCUUCCAGAUUAUUUUGUUAUUAUGUCCAUGUCGAGGUUAGUAUCAUGUUUGGUAGUUUUUGCUUAGCCUAGAGAUAUCUCAUACUUACUCGUCUCACAACAGCCUCUUCUCUAAAGAAGGCAAAUCUUUUGCCUUCGACUCCCGCGGCAAUGGCUUCGGGCGUGGUGAAGGUGUGGGCUGCGUCAUCCUCAAGCCUCUCGCUGAAGCCCUCCGCAACAAUGAUUCUAUUCGAGCUGUCAUAUCUGGGACUGGCAUGAAUCAAGAUGGACGUACCAAAGGCAUCACCAUGCCCAAUGGUGACGCCCAAGUAGCCCUGAUGAAAUCGGUGUACAAGAAAUACGGCCUUGAUCCAAAAGACACCGGAUACAUCGAGGCCCACGGCACUGGUACAAAGGUCGGUGAUCCAAUUGAAGCGACUGCUUUGCAUAAGGUAUUUGGUGAAGGACGGACGGCGAAACAGCCACUAUUGAUCGGCUCAGUUAAAUCGAAUAUUGGGCAUCUUGAAGGUGCUAGUGGUGUUGUGUCGGUCAUCAAGGCGGCGAUGAUGUUGGAGAAAGGUUUCGUUCUGCCGAACUGCAAUUUCCAAGAGGGUAAUCCCAAGAUUCCUUUCGAUGAGUGGCAUUUGAAAGUCCCUACCUCGCAACGGCCAUGGCCGAGAGGUAAAAAGUAUGCGAGUAUCAAUAAUUUCGGCUUCGGAGGCACGAAUGCGCACACAGUACUCGAGAAAGCCCCUGCUGUUCAGAGAGUCAUGCUCCCAGGCACAAAUGACACACUUGCAACUGGGACGAAAGCUACGGCAAAGAGGCUUUAUGUCCUUUCUGCGAACGACAAGCCGUCCCUUGAAGCUCGAAUGCACGAUCUGACAGUCUACCUUGAGCAAAGACCAGAAGUGUUCCAGAACUCACUUUUGCCAAACCUCGCUUACACUCUUGGUCAACGCAGGUCGCAUCUUGCGUACAAAGUCGCGAUUCCAGCUAGAAACUCAGCAGAACUUAUUCCGGCACUUGCAGGUAACGAUAUCACUCCUUCGCGGUCGACCAAAGAGCCGAAAGUCGGAUUCAUCUUCACUGGACAGGGCGCUCAAUGGUAUGCGAUGGGUCGCGAGCUCAUUGAUGCCUAUCCCGUCUUCGCAGCUACGAUGGAGAAAAUUGACCGACAUCUGCUUGAUCUUGGCGCAGACUUCUCUCUGAUUGAUGAAUUAUCGCGAGACGCGGCAUCAUCGCGAGUAUCGGAAGCGCAUAUCAGCCAACCUGCGUGUACCGCAAUACAGCUGGCUUUGACAGAUCUCCUGAGGUCUUGGGGUAUCAAACCUUCUGCAGUAGCAGGCCAUUCCAGCGGUGAGAUAGGAGCAGCUUACGCAGCUGGUGCUCUUUCACUCGAAUGCUGUGCCGCAAUCGCAUAUUUCAGAGGGCAAUCCAUCGUGUUCUUGAAAGAGAAAUUCCCCGAGCUGAAAGGUGCUAUGAUGGCAGUUGGGAGUAGCGCAGAAGACAUGCGGCCCCUAAUCAAGCUGUUGAAAGAGGGUCGGGCAACUGUUGCAUGUAUCAACAGUCCCUCGAGCAUUACUGCGUCUGGAGAUGAAGACGCGAUCAAUGAGCUGCAGGCAGCUGUUGAGGCUAAGCAAAUGUUUAAUCGCAAACUUCGUGUGGAUACCGCGUAUCACUCGCACCAUAUGAACUUGGUCGCUAACGAGUAUCACGAUACUAUCAAGCAUGUUUCGUCGCGCAAAAAUACCUCGACAUCCUUCCACUCCUCAUUACACGGCCGCCUUAUCGAGACCACCGAAUUGGGGCCAAUGUACUGGGUCGAGAAUCUGACUUGCCCUGUCCGCUUUUCCGAGGCUGUCCAAAGCAUGUGCAAAGCCACCGGGGACAGCAAUGAUCCAGGGGUCGAUGUCUUGAUCGAGAUCGGGCCUCACGCUGGUCUCGAAGGGCCAGUCAAGCAGAUCUUGAAAUCCAUGGGCGGAAGUGCCAUCAAAAUUCCUUACUCAUCCACACUCCUUCGAAACAAAGAUGCAGUGGACACAGCUAUCCAACUCGCAGCUACCAUGUUCAUGAAAGGUGUUGACAUCAAUUUCGGCGCCAUCAACUUCCCAUUUCCAGGUGUCAAAGCUCCAGUCCUUCUCACCAACCUGCCGAAAUACUCGUGGAAUCAUGCAACCAAGUAUUGGCACGACUCCCGUAUUGCCGAGAAGCAUACCAACAGACCGUUCGGAAGAAAUGAUCUGGUCGGCACAUUGGCGAAUUACUCCAAUGAACUAGAGCCAACCUGGCGGAACAUCAUCCGUGCUGAUGACAUGCCCUGGGUGCGCCAUCACCAAAUGCAGCACAUGAAUGUUUAUCCUAUGGCAGGCUACAUUGCAAUGGCAAUUGAAGCUUCAGCUCAACGAGCUGCGAUGCGAAACGUAGCAUUCGACAAAUUUGAGCUUCGAGAAGUGACCGUGAGCAGACCGCUAGUCAUCCACGAAGGCUCAGAUGUCGAAGCCAACAUCACUCUUCGAGCAUUCACUGAAGGUACAAGGUCUUCGUCUGAUUCCUGGGAUGAGUUCAGAAUCUUUUCGUGGGCGAAAGACAGAAAUUGGAUUGAGCAUUGCCGUGGUCUCGUCUCGGUCACCAAGUCAGCUGACGGUAAUGUUGUUGAUGGCGCUCAGCAAAAGUUGAAUGCGAAGACUGCUUUAGUGUACAAGAUGGCUGCUUUCACAGAAGCAUGUACUUCAGAUGUUGACACGCCUCAAAUGUAUGAGACGCUCGCUCAGGCAGGUGCUGGGUAUGGACCGACUUUCCAAGGGCUGGAGAAUUGCCGUGCGAGUGACAACUACGCGGUCGCAGAUCUGAUCGUUCCAGAUACAGCCGCAGUGAUGCCAAUGGGUCAUGAGCCAGACUUCUUUAUCCAUCCAGCAUUCCUGGAUCAAUUUAUCCAGAUUGUAUGGCCGAUCUUUGGUGCUGGUUGGAAAGGACUGGACUUGUUGUAUAUGCCGUCCUUUAUUCAGAGUAUGUCUCUAUCCAAGGACAUUACUCGCAAGAGUGGUGAUCGAUUGAAAGUAUUCGGCACUGGAAAUCCCACGCCAGCAAACCCCACUGCCACGAAACUAUCACUAUUUGCAACUACGGAAAGUGCAGAUGAGGCAUUGAUUAGCAUGGAAUCUUUGGUCAUGACUCCGGUCUUCGAUGGCUCCAACGCAUCUAACUCGACUGCCACCCGUGAACUGUGUUACAAGCUGCAGUGGGAACCGCUUCAUGCCAAACACGAGCGUUCUGGUAUCGACAGCCCAGUCUCAGAAACAAAUGAGCAUAGCAAUGGUGAUGGCAUCAAUAGUGUGCACAUCAGUAGUAUGAACGGAACGAAUGGGCUCAUGACCCCGCCAACGUUGGAAUGUGACAUUGCAAUUAUUUGCAAUGAAGAUACUCAAGAAGCUCUCACAUCCAGUGUGAAAGAUCUAAUCAUCGAUCUCACACAGAAGACUCCCAUUGUAGGCUCACUAGGAAGCGUCGAGACCGAAGGCAAAGUCUGCAUCGUUCUCUCCGAGCUCGAUCGGCCCAUUCUUUCAUCGCUCAACGAAUCGGGCUUCCAAGCAGUCCAGAAGAUGGUCACUGGAACAGCUGGCGUUCUCUGGGCCAUUCGAGGCGCAUACACUGACUCCACGAACCCAGAUGCACAAAUGGUAAUCGGAAUGGCUCGCAGUAUCCGGUCAGAAACACUCCUCAAAUUCGCUACUCUUGAUCUGGGGACGUCACCUGAUCUGUCAAGUACCGGGACAGCUGAAAAGAUCAUUGAAGUCUUGAAGGUCACCUUCUCAUCUGAAUCCCCAUCAGUGGGAGCGAAUAUGGAGUUCCAAGAACGCAACGGCGAUUUGCUCGUUCCGCGUGUCGUCGAGGACGCCGACAUGAACAAACUCGUGCACCAAGAGACUCAGCCUGUAUCAACACCUGAUCUUCAACCAUUUGUACAAAAGAAUCGGCCGCUCAAGAUUGCAAUCGAGACAGCUGGAGCACUGGACACUCUAUUCUUCACUGAUGAUCUUGCCGUUGGAACACCACUUCCAGACUACGAAGUUGAGAUCGAGGUCAAGGCCACCAGCAUGAACUUCAAGGACAUCAUGAUCUCGAUGGGUCAACUGUCAAGCAAAUACAUUGGUGUAGAAUGUGCCGGUAUCAUUAGUGCAGUCGGCAGCAAAGUUACGGAUCUCCAGGUCGGUGAUCGUGUCUGUGCAAUGUCGGAGGGGGCAUAUGCGACAUAUACUCGCUGCCUCGGGACCAGUGCCCAGAAGAUCUCUGACUCAAUGUCAUUCGAAGAUGCUUCCACGAUUCCGGUUAUUUUUUGCACUGCUUACUACUCGCUCUUCGACCUCGGUCGACUGACAAAGGGUGAGAGCGUGCUCAUCCAUGCAGCAGCUGGUGGUGUCGGCCAAGCAGCUAUCAUUUUAUGCCAGAUGAUUGGAGCAGAAAUCUUUGCUACAGUUGGAAGUGUCGCGAAGAAGGAGUUCCUCAUGAGUGAAUACCACAUUCCUGAAGAUCACAUCUUCUACAGUCGAAACACCUCGUUCGCAAAAGGGGUUCGCCGUGCUACCAAUGGUCAGGGUGUAGACGUCGUUCUCAAUUCUCUUGCUGGUGAUGCUCUGCGCGAAACAUGGGACAGUCUUGCGCAUUUUGGCCGCUUCAUCGAGAUCGGCAAAAAGGACAUCGUGAGCAAUUCUCGCCUCGAGAUGAGUAGAUUCGAACACAACGCCACGUUUGCUUCGGUGGAUUUGACAGUGGUUGCAGCUGAGCGGCCAAAGAUCAUGAAGAGACUUCUCUCAGAUGUGUUUGACUUGAUAGGCAAAGGACUUGUCAAGCCAAUCUCACCCAUCACCAUCUUCCCGAUUGCCAAUGUCGAAUCUGCUUUCCGUACUCUUCAGGGAGGUAAGAUCAUGGGCAAGAUCGUCAUCGUUCCCCGAGCGGACGAUCAAGUCAGAGCUAUCCCUUCCAAGACACCGAAUGACCUCCUGCUCGCUGACGCCACAUAUUUGAUUAUUGGUGGUACUGGUGGUCUUGGUCGUAGCAUGAGCAGAUGGAUGAUUCAGAAGGGUGCCAGGAGUAUCGUCCUUCUUUCUCGAAGCGGAAAGUCGGAUGGGAAGGUUGGCGAGCUGAUUGAAGAGGCUUCAGCAGUUGGAGCAGAUAUUGUCGUAAAAUCAUGCGACGUCUCCAGUAAGGAAGCUGUUGAGAGGCUCGUAUCGGAAGAGCUCUCCACUCUGCCGCCAAUCAAAGGUCUUGUACAUGCCGCUAUGGUCCUCGAUGACGUUCUAUUCGAGAAAAUGCAAUUCAAGCAGUGGCAGACAGUUGUUCAGGCAAAGGUAUCCGGCGCUUGGAACUUCCACCAAGCACUCUCCAGUUAUCCCCUCGACUUCUUUAUCAUGAUCUCUUCUGCCGCCGGUGCGGUUGGAAACAGAGGCCAAGCUGCCUACUCGGCGGCAAACUGUUUUCUCAACGCUUUUGCGCAAUACCGAAUCGCCUGUGGUCUCCCUGCCUCUUCCAUCGACCUCACGGCCGUCUCAGACGCGGGGUAUCUGGCCGAGGGAUCUGCGGAGCGCGCUGCACAAGUAGCGGAAAAUCUGGGUUCGGAGACAAUCUCGGAGAAAGAGGUUCUGGCAUUGAUCGCUGCUGCUAUCACAGGGAAGAUGGCGAAGGAGUGCAACUCGCAUUGUAUUACUGGACUGAAAAUCUCGCCGGAGAGUAAGGAUACAUUGUUCUGGGUUGAUGAUGCGAAGUUCAAGCAUUUGAAGGAGGCUGCUGAGGCGGAAGCUGCUGCUUCUUCGACGAGCUCUCCAAGUGCUUCGAUCUCACUCAGUGCAGCGCUGAAACUUGCAAGUUCGAAACAGCAGGCUGAGGAACUUAUUUGUGAGGGUCUGAUGACAAAAGUGUCUGCCGUUCUGAUGGUCCCGAGGGAGGAGAUGGACCCAAGCAAGGCAAUCGUGGUGUAUGGUCUUGACUCUCUUGUUGCAAUUGAGAUCAGGAAUUGGAUCACAAGAGAAUUGGAGGCGAGUCUGCAGGUAUUGGAGUUGCUGACGAGUGGGAGCUUCUGGGCACUAUCAGAGGCUGUGUUGGUCAAGAGUAAGCUUGGGGUGAAGUUUCUCGCAGAGAAGGAGACUAGUUGAUUGACAAAAGGUGGUUGUUUUGCUCCACAGCUGGCUUGGAGUGGAACAUCUGUACCUUUUUCGUCGUUUAGGUCUGUUCUAACUGUUUCUGUUUUGAUGUAUCACGAUGCUUCGUGUUCUUCGGUUUUGCUGCACAAUAGUCAGUACAGUAGAUGCAAAAUUCUUCAAAUA